AUGUUGUGUGCAGACAAAGUGGACACUGAAGUGGGCAUGGAGGUUUCUGUCAACAAGGAGUUCUCCCCGGACCUCAAUGACAACUCUUCUAAGGCCUACAGGGAUUUCACGGACACCUUCCGGGAUCAGAUGAAGAAGAUUUACCAAAAUGUGCAGGGGUUCAAGGAGGUGGUGAUCCUUUCUCUGAGGAAUGGCAGCAUUGUUGUGGACUAUGUGGUCCAGCUGGAGUUACCCUUCAGCCCCCAGCUGGAGAGCGAGUAUGAGAAGGUGAAAGUGGCCCUGAAGGAGGAGCUCCAGAAUGUCAGCCAGAAUGAGACCGGCUGCCAGAAGGACCAGGUCUUGUGUUUUAAGCCUGAUUCCAUCAAGGUGAACAACAACACCAGGACGGAGCUGUCCCCGGAAGCCAUCUGUCGCAACGCUGCUGCCGUGGGCUACGAGGAUUUCUACUUCCCCUUGGUGAAGGGGAACAAGCUCCGCUGUGUCACCAAAUGCGCGGCGGGCGUGGACGGCGCCCUCGACUGUCAUCAGGGCCAGUGCGUUCUGCAGAGGACAGGUCCUUCUUGCCGCUGCUUCUCCACGGACACGCACUGGUUCUCGGGCCCGCGCUGCGAGGUGGCCAUCUCCUGGAAGGCGCUUGUCGGAGGCCUGGCGGGGACCGCGGCGCUGCUGCUGCUGCUGCUGGUGGUGGCGCUGAGCGUCUUCGUCGCGCGCUCGUGGAGGAGGGGCGGCCAAGGCGGAGGCCUGUCCUGUGACGACAGGAAGUGGUUCGAGACCAGUGAUGAGAACACCGUGGGGACUUUUUCUAACUCGGGCUUCGAGGAUGACAGAACAAGUAAAGAUGAAAACUUCUCUGUGGCCUUGGAGAACGUGGACACUAAUAUGACGUUGCACUUCCACAAACCUGAGGUGACCUUGACCUCACUGUGAGCCCCACACUGCCUUCUCCACGCUGCCCCGGACAGUGGAGGGAACCAUCUGCACUGCCUUUGAAGAGAUGGCCGUGGACUCCUGAGGCUCAGUCUCCUGGUUUCCUUGGGCAGCAUCAGACUUCACCCUGACCCCUAUCCUUCUCCCGACUUGUGUGAAACCCACCUGGAGACCCAGUUCAAAUCCAGGCUCUUCCACUGUGGGACCUUGGGCAAGUCAGUCACUUCUCUGAACCUCGGUUUUGUCACCUGUAAAAUGAGUGUGGCCCACUCGUCCUGAUACCUUGUGGGAUUAUUGUGAAAACCAGAUGUGCUUGGUCAGACCUCUGUCCCAAUGCACCUUCCUGUGUUGGCCCUCAUGCUUAUAUGGCUUCUCUGAGAUCCCCAAUCCCCAUAUCCUUCCCCAGGGCUCAGGCCUCCAUUUCUCCUUUUCCUGUGUUCAUCCCUACUGCCGGGUCCUCACCGUGUGCAUGUAACCAGCCUGCAGCCUGCCCCAUCCUCCUACCCUCUCCUUAUAUAACUCCCCGCUGCACCCCUUGCCCCCAUCCCUUAAACUUUCUCCCCUCUGAACCCACUUCUUAAGUCACUCCUCCCCCACACCCCAGCGCCCAGCCCUGCAUCUCCCCCAGUUUCCGUGCUUUCCCCUUCCCCAUCCUUGUACCCUCAGCCCUAAAUACCCCCCUGCCCCCCGCAUCUCAAUGCCCCAGUCCUAAAUCCUCCCUCCUACUCAUCCCCCAUCCCUAGCUAGGUACAGAUGCCCUCUGCAUCUUAGGACCCCCAGGUCGUGCUCCCUCGGCCAGGUCCCCCAUUCUGAGGCUCCAUUAUUCCUGUCACCCCCCAAGGCCCUGGAUCCCGGUGGGUGGGAGUGGGAGGUAGGUUUCCCCAGGUCCCUGAGGAUGAGAGGAAGUGGGGUCCUGAGGCGGGAAAGCUCCUCCAGGGCCUCCUCCUCAUUCCCCUGACUCUCCCUCCCCUCCCUCA